UUCUUGCAGGCUUCUAUCUCUUACAGCCCAAGCCCUGCCAAACGGAAAUGACGCAAAGGAGCGUCCGGUUCCUGGUGUUGACCACGCCGUGCGAGUGUGAAACAGAGGCAUUUCCGUUCCCCGCACCAGCACGAUGGCGGCUUCGGUUGGUACUAUAGAGACAACAACUCCCAAAACGACCCCGCUGGCUCCUCUUCUUUCCCUGGACCCGGAGCGGCAACGAGAGUUCCAGGCCAAAGUGCACCGCGUGCGCAAGGCGGCUGCCAAGAAUGAGAAGUUGACACCUGGUGUUAUUUACGUAGGUCAUAUCCCAAAGGGUCUUUGUGAACCACAGCUCAGAGAAUACUUUGAUCAGUUUGGGACAGUCACAAGACUUCGACUUUCAAGGAGUAAAAAGACUGGGGGUAGCAAAGGUUAUGCGUUUGUGGAAUUUGAAUAUGAUGAAGUUGCUAAGAUUGUUGCAGGUACCAUGAACAACUACCUUUUCUGUGAACGACUUUUGAAAUGCCAGUUUAUGCCACCAGAAAAAGUGCAUGAGAACCUGUUCAAAGGCAGUGAGAAAAAAUUCAGUAAGACAACUUAUCCAGCAGUGAAGCGCUAUAAUCGGAGGCGGACAGUCCAAGAGAAAGCAAAGAUGACACAGCGGUUAUUGAAGAAGGAAAGGCGGUUGCGGAAAAGACUGGCUGAGAAGGGAAUAGAUUAUGAUUUUCCUGGCUUUGCUGCUGAGAUGCCUCUAAUAAAGAAAAAGAAGCUUUCAAAAUCGGACUUGAACAUGAAUGUGUCUGUUAAUAGUGAGGAUCCUACCCCGGUGUGCACUCCAACAGUUCUUGCACGGCGAAAAUCUCAGCCGGAUGAUAGCGAUGACAAAGAAAUAACAUUCAAACUACCACCUGCAAGUAUAAAACCCAAAACAACAAAGCUACAAAGAAAAGCAACUGGCAAGAAAAGGAAAUGUAAAACUUAAAUAUUUGUUUUAAGCAAAGGACACAUUUAGUUCAUACAGAGUUUUCCAGCAGUCCGGAUUUUGGAAAUAAAAGCAUUGAGUAGUUUUCCUAGAUGAUUCCCAUCAUUCUGCUGUCAAAACUAUACCUCCUGAGUUAUAAGCAAACCAAGGUCCCAGUAUCACAAGAAGAUUUAUAUUUUAGAUGCUGCUAAUUUGGACCUGUGUCUGCCCUACUGAAAAAAAAAGCUGAAAUGUACUACUUACCCUUAUUUUACCAAAGUGUAUGACUAAUAUUUAAAAAGUCACAGAUGUCUGGAGAGUAAGCAUAUUGAAGAUAUCAGCAAAACCAGAAUACUGAGGAAUACUUUAUCUUCUCCAAAUAUAACUCAUUCAAAAUAAAGUUCAAAUCAUGAAUGUUGUAA